UCUCAUUUGUUCUGAUCUAUUAGCGUCUACCAUUUAACAUGGUGGUAUUUAGAUUUGUUGGAAGCCUGGAUUUGGAUAAUUAAGGGCAAAAUCACGGUUACAUUACAAUUUAGAUGGACAAGCUCAGCGUGAUUUCUGGUGCACUGUUUUUAGCCGCAGAUGUCUUUGCUGUGGCAAGUUUGGCCCUUCCCGAGUGGAUCGUUCCCAGUGGAAGCGGACAGUGGGACCAUGGAGGGAGCUCAAACUUUGGUCUCAUACAGACCUGCAUCAACAUAUACGGACGUCCCGAGAUUUGUUUCUACCCUGAAGCGCACCCCGAGUGGUUGCUCACCUUCAUACUCAUUGUGCUCGGAUGUCUCUGCGUCACCGUUACGUGUAUGCUGCUUGCCCUGUCUUUCUGGGAAUACAGAGUUGUCAAGUAUGCUCGCUGGAUCGGAUUUACUGGAAUGAUCCUGUUUUGUGUAGCGGCUGUCAUCUUCCCAAUCGGGUUUCAAAUGGAGGAAAUUGGAGGUGAAGCGUACCAGCUUCCCAUUACAUUCCAAGUUGGAAAGUCAUACAUCUUCUUCGUGCUUGCCCUGUGGAUUACUGUCAUAUCUGAACUGUUUGCUGGCAAAGUUUGUCUGCCACACUUUUAGACUGGGACAAUAAACGUACUUGCGCUACAAUCAUGGCCUAAUUUAGAACUCUAGUGUUCGCUAACCCUCUAAAGGCGUGAAUGUGUGCAGUAGAGAUUAGACGUGGUCAUGGAGAAUCGUUCUGCUGCUGUACCUCUAUACUUCAUACUUUGUUCUCUAUGGAGGGCCCUGGUUUGGCAUCUGAUGUGUGUAGCUGCCUUCUUGUUACCUCCGCGCAAACGGAGGUCAUGCAAUCGCUCGCGUGUGUGUGUAGCCACCGCGUGAUUGAUAGCGCGUCGA